CAACACCCCCCUCACUCCUCCCUCAAACCCCCCCGAAAGAAAAAAAAAACAAGACUCCAAAAACAUCUUCAAACCCCCCAACACCCCCACACCGCCCACCAACGCUCACUUCCAGAGCCACAUCCUCUCCGCAGUCGGCGGAUCCUUCUUCCGUGCCCCCGUCUCGACAUCCCAUGAAGAGAGUUUACCCCGAAGGGCAUACUCCUCCAUGGUCUCGCCAUCAUCCCACCAGCCCUUCUCCUCGCCCUUCCGCCAAACCUCCGCGUCAAACGGAUCGUGCUCCCCCUUACAAACCGGCACCCGCAACCCCGGGAAGACGAUCUGGAACGGGGCGAUGCGGGCAUCGCGCUCGAACGGAUCAAUCUUGGAGUUUUGCAGGUAUGCGGGGACCGAUUUGUAAG